UUUUUCUUUUUGGUCCCUGUAUAUAUCAUGGCCAAGCUUGAGCUAUGGUUUUCAUCUUGGUCAUUUAGUUUCAAAAUUUUGUGGGUCAUUAUGCACACCGGGAAGGUUCAUGUUGCUCUUGUUGCCAGUCCCGGCAUGGGACAUCUUAUUCCGGUGCUCGAACUCGGAAAAAGACUAGUUUCUCAUCACGGGAUUAGUGCAACUAUCUUUGUAGUCACGAUGGAUGCCUCUUUGUCUCGAUCCCAACUCCUGAAAGUAUCAGGGAUCACGGAUGAUUUCCUUGAUGUUGUUUUGUUGCCGGCUGUGGAUAUUUCGGCUCGGGUUGAUAAAACCACUGGGAUCUUAAGGCAGAUGGCGAUGAUGGUCCACGAGGCUUUACCGAGCUUACGAUCCGCGAUAUUAGCGAUGGAAGUCCAACCCAUCGCUCUUAUUGUCGACAUGUUUGCGACCGAAGCUUUUGUUGUUGCGGAAGAGUUCAUGAUGUUCAAGUAUGUUUUCGUCACUACUAAUGCUUGGUUUCUUGCCCUUACAGUCCAUGGACCGAACCUCGAUAAGGAAGUGGAUCAAGAUGAUCACAUUAACAAUCAAAAGCCUAUUCACAUUCCCGGGUGUGAACCGGUUCGGUUUGUUGAUUGUUACGAGCAAUUUCUGCGACGAAACAAGGUGUAUUUCCGCAUGGGAACUGAGAUAUCCACAGCAGACGGAAUACUAGUGAACUCGUUUUACGAUCUGGAACCACUGACACUUGCUGCUUUGCAUGAUACACGGAAGGUAGGACUGGCUCCGAAAGCGCCCGUUUACCCAAUCGGACCGUUAGUGAGGCCAGUUGAGCUGAGUUUGAGAGGUGAAGUUCUAAGGUGGCUCGAUAUGCAACCUAAAGAAUCGGUGUUAUAUGUUUCUUUCGGAAGUGGUGGGACCCUUUCGGCGAAGCAAACCAUAGAGUUGGCAUGGGGUUUAGAAAACAGUCAACAACGGUUCAUUUGGGUGGUUCGUCCACCGGUAGAGAAUGAUUCAGCAGCGACAGUUUUUAAGUCAAACGGCGUCAACAAUGACUUCCUGGACUACUUGCCCGAAGGGUUCUUGAAUCGGACCUGCAAAAACGGGUUGGUGGUUCCAAAGUGGGCACCUCAAACUGAAAUCUUGAGCCAUCCAUCCAUAGGUGGAUUUUUGUCUCAUUGCGGGUGGAAUUCAAGUCUGGAGAGUAUCGUCAACGGUGUUCCGAUGAUCGUGUGGCCAUUAUACGCCGAACAAAAGAUGAAUGCUACGGUACUAGCUGAGCACAUUGGGGUGGCAACCAGAUCGAAGUUAUUAGCGCCAAAGGGUGUGGUUGGGAGAGAUGUGAUAGCGGCAAUGAUCCAAAAGAUCAUGGUCGAUAAAGAAGGUGAAGCAAUUAGAGCCAAAGUGAAAAUGCUAAAAUCAUGCGCUGUAAAGGCUGUUAGCAAUGGCGGCUCCUCUUAUAAUGCUCUGGCUAUAGUCGCCGAAGAGUGCAAGAUUGGAAUGCAACGCCGGAAUGCAAAAACAGGCUGAUCUUCAUCUCUAGUUUGAUGCUUCAUCAGUGUGGUGAUGUUUAAUGUUGCAGAUUAUUGAUGAAAUAAUUGAGACUAUUUUCAUUCCUAGAAGUCUCAACAUUCCCAUAUAUAAAAACAAUAAUUAAUUCAUAAAGACA